UAUUGAAAAAUAAAUAAGCAGUCUGUAGCGAACAACAGUACUUACCAUACGCUUGCCAUUGAAAUUUUCAUUGAAAAUGACGUUGGACAAAGAAAUGAAAUUGAAAUUGAUCGAAGUUAAAAAUGAAACAGAAUAUCGGUUGAUGCUACUGAACGAAGAAGAUGCUCUCUAUCCUCCAUGGUUUUUCACUUGGAUUGAUGAAUCACUGACAGCAUUUGCUUGGCCUCAAACGAAAGGCAAUAUGGAAUAUCUUUGGUUAAUCGGAAUAAGACAUAUUAUUACUCUCUGUCCGGAAAAAAUACCUGAUAUCGCAGAAUCAAAAUUUUCUUGGACCUAUAUCCCUAUAGAAGAAUGCCAUGCACCUUCCAUUGAGGACAUUUUCAAAUUCAUCAGAACAGUUCAGUGGUGUAAAAAAUUGAACUUGAGACGCCGUACGGUGCGUACAGAAGAAGCUCUUGCUGCUGUACAGCGUAGCAUUGAGGAAGACCCGGAGGAGUCCAUCCGCCAUCGAGCACAGGAAUUGGAUCUGUGUCCAUCCACUUUAUGGAAGAUUUUGCGGAAGGAUCUUGGUUUGCGUGCUUACAAAAUCCAACUCGUGCAAGAAUUGAAGCCAAACGAUCAUCAA